GGAAUGAGGAUGGACAGUGUGCAGUUCCGGGCCCGUCGUGCUGCAGAGCCGGCAAAACCAGAACAUGAACAUGAAAAAGAGCCAGAGCAAGUAGAGGAGCCAGCUGCCCACGUCCCUCCAGCACACCACCCCGGCCACCACAACUAUGACCACAUGAAGAACAAGUUCAUGAAUGAGAUUGGCCAUCUGCCACUCCCUAUGUGGGCAGUUGGGGCCAUCGUCGUAGUGGUGCUGGUGUUGGUAGGAUGCUGCACCUUCUGCCUCUUCAAAAAAUGCUUUGGGAAAAAGAAAAAAACAAAGAAAGUGAGGGAGAGGAAGGCUGGCCGCCGGAGGAAGGCAGACAACGAAGGGGGAGGAGAGGGUGGCGAUAAGGAAGAAGGGGAUCAGAAAGAAGGGGAAGGAGAGGAGAAGGAGCAGGAGAAGCUGGGGAAACUGGAGUUCUCCUUGGACUACAACUUCACAGAUGCCCAGCUUAUAGUGGGUAUCCUCCAGGCUCAGGAUCUAGCUGCCAUGGAUAUGGGGGGUACCUCAGACCCCUAUGUAAAAGUCUACCUGCUCCCAGACAAAAAGAAGAAGCAUGAAACUAAGGUCCAGCGCAAGAACCUGUGCCCGGUUUUCAACGAGACCUUCAUCUUCAAGAUCCCGUACACGGAGUUGGGAGGGAAGAUCCUGGUGUUGCAGGUCUUCGACUUUGACCGUUUCUCCAAGCAUGAUGUGAUUGGGGAGAUAAAGAUCCCCAUGAACAGUGUGGAUCUGGGACAACCAAUGCAAUGUUGGAGGGACCUGGAGAACAGUGAAAAAGAAGAGGCAGAGAAACUGGGUGAUGUCUGCAUCUCCUUGCGCUACGUACCUACUGCUGGCAAACUCACUAUCAACAUCAUGGAGGCCAAGAACCUAAAGAAGAUGGAUGUUGGUGGCUUAUCAGAUCCAUUUGUGAAGAUUGUUCUGCAGCACAAUGGGAAACGAAUCAAGAAGAAGAAGACGACUGUCAAGAAGAACACACUCAACCCUUACUUCAAUGAGAGCUUCAGCUUUGAGAUUCCCUUCGAGCAGAUUCAGAAAGUGCAGGUCGUCAUAACAGUGUAUGACUACGACAAGCUUGGGAGCAACGAUGCAAUCGGGAAGACCUUCAUGGGUUACGGUGCCACAGGAGUUGGUCUGAAACAUUGGUCCGAAAUGUUGGCCAAUCCCAGACGUCCAGUUGCCCAAUGGCAUGUCCUCUGCCCAGAGGAGGAGGUGGAUGCAGCUUUGAAGGUCCCACCUCGUUAA